GGUAAACAGUGUAACUCCGGCUGGUUGUGGGUGUGUCGAGUUUGGAGAGUUUAGUUCUAGAAGUGACACGAGGAGCGAAACUAAACUAAACUAGAACCAAACUCGGAUUAGUAUGAGUUCGGACUGACAGCGCGCGGUGAUCAUGGCCAUCUGGACUCGGGCGGAUAAGAACGGUCAGCUGGACCUGCUGCUGCGGGAGCGCUGGGUCCGGGUCACGGCCGAACUCAGCCGGGACACUUUAACGCUGAGCGCCGACGGGGAGGCGAGCGGGAGCGGCGCCGAGCUCAGGAACGGGCUGUCUAACGGAAACGAGCUCAGUGGCGAGCAGAACCGGCUCCGGAGCCCAAACCCGGAGCUCCAGCCCAACCACGGACACUUAAAGCCCGGCGGAUACAGCAGCCCGGGCUCCGGCAGGCUGAGCCGCGAUAACGGGACCAGCUCGGAGUACGGGAGCCCCGGUUCGGGCUGCGGGAGCCCCGGGUCCAGCUUCAGCUCCAGACACGGAGACGGAGGAGGCUCGGGCUGCGACGCGAGCGCGGCGGAGAACGUGCGGAGGGUGCGGGUGGUGAAGCAGGAGUCCGGCGGGCUGGGCAUCAGCAUUAAGGGCGGCAGAGAGAACCGAAUGCCCAUCCUCAUCUCCAAGAUCUUCCCCGGACUGGCGGCGGACCAGAGCCGAGCGCUGCGCGUGGGAGACGCCAUCCUGUCCGUGAACGGCAGUGACCUCCGCGAAGCCACGCACGACCAGGCGGUGCAGGCGCUGAAAAAGGCCGGCAAGGAAGUGACGCUGGAGGUGAAGUAUAUCCGGGAGGUGUCCCCCCUGUUUAAAAAGCCCUCCAUGCUGGCCGAGCUGCCCUGGGAUGGCCUCUGGUCUCCGUCCUCCAACUUCACCAACACUGAGGAAUCCCCAAAACACGGUGGCAGCAAAGACAGGAAGGUCAUUCCUCUCAAAAUGAGCUUCAUCUGCAGGAACCUCACCAUGCCUGACCUGGAGAGCAGGUUGUUGGAGCUUCACUCUCCUGACGGUCAGCACACUGUGGUUCUGCGCUGUAAGGACGGACCCACUGCCCAUUCCUGGUUCACCGCCAUACACGCCAACAUUGCCGCCCUGCUGCCUCAAACGCUCACUCACAUCAACGCCUACCUGAGCUCAGCCAGCUCCAACACACAUACACAGCUGAAACACAUCGGCUGGCUGGCAGAACAGAUCCCUCUGGAUGCUGGGCGGCUCCAGUACAGACCCGUCGUCAUGGCGAUAACGGAGAAGGAUAUCCUGCUGUUUGACUCAGUGCCCUGGACACGAGAGGCCUGGAACACACCGCUGCUCACACACCCUCUACUCGCAACCAGGUUGGUCCACUCUGGCAGCAGUCGCAGUUCUCCCUCAUUAGGAGCUGAUCUGGUGUUCUCCACGCGUUCAGGUACCAGUCGUGGGGUGGAGUCGCACGUGUUUCGGGUGGAGACGCACUGGGACCUGUCGUCAUGGACGCGGGCGCUGGUGCAGGGGGCGCACGCUGCGGCCGAAAUCAUCAAGGAGGUGUCCAUAGGAUGCGUGUUGAACAGGCAGGACGUGCGUUUGAUCCUGCACUACGAUCGUGGCUUCACGGUGCUGAGGGACCACGGCGAGCCUGUGGGGGGCGCUCUGCUCUUCCACUACCCCUUCGAAAAGCUGAAGAUGUCUGCAGAUGACGGCAUGCGAAACCUCUACCUGGACUUUGGAGGUCCGGAGGGAGAACUGGUGUUUGAUCUGCAUUCCAGUCCGAAGCCCGUGGUGUUUGUACUUCACUCGUUCCUGUCAGCCAAACUCACCCGGUUGGGCCUGCUGACGUGAGAGAGAGAGACAGGAGGAGAGAGAGACAGGAGGAGAGAGAGAGAGAGGAGAGAGAGAGGGAGAGAGGAAGAGAGAGAGAGUGAGACAGAGAGAGGGCGAGUUUUCAUAAAAUAUUCCUUUAUUAUGCUUUUAUAGCUCAGCCUUCCAUGUAAUGGAAUAUUUUAAUGGAAUAUUUUAAUGGAUUUACUUCUGUUCCAUUUACAUACACGUUUUAUAACUGUGAGUGUGAGUGUGUGUGUGUGUGUAAGUGUGUGUGCGUGUUGUGGUGUAAGCUUGUGCUCUUACAGUUGUGAGAAAGUUUGUGAACCCUUUCGAAUGAUCUGAUCAUAAUCAAAGUACAGUGAUGGUGUCCGGGACACCCCAGCCAAAAAUCUAGCAUGUCAGAAUUUUGUGUUUUCCAGUGUGGCGUCUCCUGCUGCUCCUUGACGUUGACCAACAGGCUGUCAGAACACUGUCUGUAAACACGAAGAUUUAAGGUGGAACAAAGAAACAGGAAAGGUUCUCUGAGCUGCGGCAGCAGAACCCCUCGAAGGAGAACCCUGACAGAGUCCAGAAACCAUCAGCAUCACACGGCACUUCUGAUUGACAGAUUAUUGACCCACCUUCCUGGCGACUUACGAACGCGCAAAAGUACGUGAACAAUGAUCGGUCAGAACCAAACUUGUGGUGUUGCGAGUCUCAAGACUGAGAAGCGGUGCAGAUUUAUGGCACAUAAGGAUAAAAAUAUCCCGGCAUUACAUGAGCUUCACCCUGACCAAUCACUGGGCUGAUGUGACUUGCCCCGCCCCCUGCUUUAACAGAACCAGGCUCACUCUUGUAGUCUUGUGUAUGGUUCUACAUAACACAGUGUUUUUCAGUUGUUACAAGCUUGACAUUGUAAUGAUAGUAGGACCCUUUUUGUUACUCUAUAGGACCAUUUUCAAAAAGGUUUAAUAUAGAAGCAUCUACAGCACUUUCUUUAUCAGUCUGAAGAACCCUGUAAUCAUGCAGUGUUCUUUGUGUUCAUGGUUCUAUAUAGAACCAUUUUCUUUACUAAAGAACCCUUGAGGAACCAUCAGUAAGCGUGUACUGCACUCUUCCAUCUCACAUGCACAGUGCUGUGUGGGCGGUCACUGUCUUCGUCUUAUAGGGGAGGCGAAACAAAACGUGGGGAGGGCGACGUUUUCACAAGGCGGGGCUAAACACGACCAAACUGGCUAUGAGGAAAAACAGAGGAGAACAAACAACGGAACAUAAGUGUGCUGCUAUAUUAAUGUUUAAACUGUCGCAUACAGAACCUUUAAAGCAAGAAAGCUGCAUAGCAGGCUGGUCGUGUUGGACAGAGAGAGACGUCAUUCAAGUGUGCUCAUUAGAAUAUUAGGCCACUCCCAGGCAGUUCUUUUGUUUUGUCUUUCUGUGUGUUUGAAAUCAGCGCUGCCAUUUAUUAUGCAAAUGUAUGCUGAAGGGUUCACAAAUUUUUUCACAAGCGUGAUGCCUAAAGCAUGUACAGUUCUCACACACACACACUCUCUCCAGGUUUCUGCUUCAGGAGGACCACAUGUGCCUUUAUGUAUCGAGUCAAACAAAAGCUUUUUAAUCAUUUUUCUGUCUUUGUAUUUGUGUUUGAACUCGUAGGAAAGCUUUGCUGAAUAUGCAGAACUGUAGUAUUAUGCUCAUUUCAUAUUCCUGUGUGUGUGUGUGUGUGUGUGUGUGUGUGUGUGUGUGUGUGUGUGUGUCUCAUUCCGCCGUUCCUGUCUGUGUGUCCUGCAUGACUCAGACUGUUACUGUGCGGUUCUGCAUGGAAACUAAUGCUCCAUAUACUCUCACUGGCUUUGACAUGUUACUCCCCUUCAGCCCCUUUUGUGUUUGUGUGUUUACGUGUAAAAGAAGAGCAGAAAUCACGAAGUGGUCCAUUUGAUGACAUUCCAGACAUUCAGUGUUUGUUUUUCUGACAUUCCGCUGUUGCAGGGCUGAAAGGCUAAAGCUGGAACGCUGUGUUGAGUUCUAAACAGGGCUGAACGUCUGUGAAGGUGUUUCUUUGUAAGCACCGCACUGUUAGAGUAGCCUGUGUUCUCCCUUACUGGGCUUCGGCAUCAGCGCAGAGUUUGUCUGCAGCUGAAACAGAUUUAUAUAUUUAAAAAAAUUAAAGGCAAAGUAAAAAUCAGAAAGAGCCAGUAAGAUUCGGUUUUCAGCUUGAAUGUGCUGUUCCACCUUAAAUGGUGCAGCACUUAUAAUCUAGAGCCUGAAUACACUUGGCUCAAAUGUGUUAGUGUUCCUGUUGGGCAGCUUGUUUUUGGGAUUCUCCACUCCACCUUAAGUAGUGCUGCAGUGCACUAUGUAUGGAGUAAAGGUGCUGUCUUACUAGAAUUCUCCACUCCACCUUAGAUGGUGCAGCAGGGUUUUUUAAGGUGGGACAGAGAAUUCCAAGAAGAAACUGCCUAAUAGUCUUAGGUAUUAUAAAUGUAACUGUUACACCAUUUAAGGUGGAGUGAAGAAUUCCAAUAAGACAGCUCCUUUACUACCUACACAGUGCACUGCUGCACCAUUUAAGGUGGAACAUAGAAUUCCAAUAAGAAGCUGCUGAACAGCCUCAGGCUCGAGAAUGUAACUGCUGCACCAUUUAAGGUGGAAUGGAGAAUUCCGAUAUUAAGCUGCCGAAUAGGACGCUGACUUUGCUAUCUUGAUGAUUUAGGCAUGCAGUUAGCAUCAUUUAGAACAAUAAAACCAUGUGCAUGCUUUAAUGGUUCCUUGCGUGGAGAAACUGUUCUUCACACAGAUGGAGAAUGUGUUGUGUAUGGUUCUAUCUAGAACCUUUUCAGAAAUGGUUCCAUAUAGUAUCUAAAAGUGUUCUUCAUUGCUACAAGCUUGACAUUGUAACCAUAGCAGAACCCUUUUUGUUGCUAUAUAGAACCGUCUAUAAUACGUUCUCCAUCAGUCUGAAGAACCACUUCACCAUGCAAACGACUAAGCUCGAAAGGUUCUGAAUAUGGUUCUUUAUAGUACCAAAAAGUGUUAAUGUAACAAGCUUGUCAUCGUAACAGUAGAACUCUUUUUGGUUCUACAUAGAACCAUUUUUAAAAUGGUUCUGUAUAGAACAAUGUACAACAGAGUCAAUCUGAAGAACCAUUUUACUUCUUAUGCAUUCAAAUAUGAAAGGUUCUAUUAGCCUAUUUGAAAGUGGUUCUGUAUAUCACCACAAAACAGUUCUGCUAAUAUUACAAGCUUGACAUUGUAACAGCAGAAGAACCCUUAUUUAGAACUAUAUACAACAUCUUCAUCAAUCUGAAGAAUCAUUUCACCAUACAAAGAACCAUUUAAGCGUGAAGUCGCUCUGUAUAGAACACGUUUCUAAAUAGAACCAUUCCCUUUACUUAAGAACCUUUGAACCUCUUUUUAAUUGUGUAGAUCUUUUGCAGGGCCCAUUGAGUGGGGCAGUUUGUGUUCUGCUACAGGGGUUCCCAAUCCUGGUCCUGGAGAUCCCCCACCCUGCAGAGUUCAGCUCCGCCCCCUAAUGUAGCACACCUGAUCAGGUAAUGAAGGUCUUCAGGAACAGCUGACGGUCAGUGCCAGUUGUGUUGGAUCAGAGUUCUCCAGGAUCAGGAUUAAACACCCCAUUAUACAGAUUAGUAUCAGUGAGUGCAUGUUCACACAGGCUGGCGCUGCCCACCUGUGGCCUGGAGGGCUCAGCCUGAUUAAACCACACAGGGCUGUCAUUCCGCCGCUGGCCGUGCAGAGGAUUCUGCUCUCUAUAGGUUCCAUGAAAUUAAAGAAACCCGCGUUUGUUCUCGCACACCUGCUAAUGACCUCACUCAUAGUAGUAGAUUAGCACCCCCGCCCAUGACACCGCAUGUGACCCCUGUAGCGGUGACCGAUGUUCCAGCACUGCCCGUGCUGGGCUGUUUUUGGUGGCCUUAGCGUUCCGAGCGCAUCGUGUUCCUGUAAGUGCUUUUAAAGAUGUUUGUGAACUGAAAGCUGUUUGUAUGCGUUGUGUGUCUGUGAGAAACAGCGGCCUCUGGUGGCGGAGCUGCGAGUGUGUUAGCAGCAAUAAGUCAGUGGAGGACCUUCAGACCAGACUGGGGACAAAACAUCACCUGCUCCUCUGUUUCUGCCGCAGCUCCUCCCAAUAAUUGCUGAUAUCCUUAAAAUAUUGAGUUAAUGUGAGCUUACCGCUCACAUCAUGUCACGAUGACUUACUGUGUCUAAAUAAUGACUUUGUCACAACGGUGACUUUCAUCUUAAAUAAUGGUAAUAAUAACUUUAAUUAUAAUUUUUAAUAUUAUAAUUAUAACUUAUAAUAAUGAGGUGUUAUGUCAAAAUAAUUGCUUGGUGUUUUCUAAUGAUUAAUUUCUUGAAAUGUUUAUUAUUAUUUUUGAAACUCAUUUUGAUAUAGUAUCACAUGCUUGAGGAAUAAUGUCAUUAUUUUGAGAUGAAGUCAUUAAAUUGAUUAAAUAAGUCACUAUUUUGAGAUGUUAAGUCAUAUUUAGAUACUACAUCAUUAAUUUGAUUAAAUACGUCAUUAUUUUGAGAUACUGCUGCCAGAAACAAAACUAUAAUUUUUCUGGUGUGAAAAGCUCAAAACAGGACAGAACAAACUCCACCUCCUGUGUCUGACAGCAGGUUGUGUUUUCACUUUGACGAUUUGUGCCAAAAGACUUUUAAUCCGUCUUAUUUAAUUAAAUAAUGAUCUGUUUUCUUACAAGUUUCACUUCUUAUAUCUCAAAAAACGGACUCGUCUUGAAAUCCGUACGAACUCUGAGCCGAGUAGCUUUGAGAAGCCGUCGCUGUUCCUGUGGCCAAAUCAGAGCAGAGAGAGUUGGUCUGUCUGUCCGUCUGCCUGUCUGAGCUGGAGGUUCUUCUUCCUGCAGAUUGUUCUUCUCUCUAAACUCUGCGCUCCUACUGCCCCCCCACCCCGCACCCCGCCUCAUCACACUCACGCAGACUGUGAAUGUACCCCCCCCACCCCCUGCACCAUCAUCAUCAGUUUUAUGACUAUAAUGAUUAUUUUAUAAACUCUUUUAGUUUUUAGCCAAACUGUUUGUAGGGAAACUAGUUUUUUUAGCUAAAAGGUUUUUGCACCAAAGUUUUGUACACGUGGCAGCUUUGCGUUCACACAAUCACAGGACCAGAGAGAAACGACAUAGAGCAAAAUGAUAACCAUAAACUGCUGCUGCAAAAACUGUUUAUAUGACCUGUGUUCGUCCUCAAAGCCUGCACUCUUUAAGAUAUGCAACACACAGCUCUGUUCAGAAAAACUCUCUUUAAUAUGUAAAUAAACAUGAAUAAAAUACUGUCACACUUA